GUAGUAGGGCCAGAAGCUGUGGCUUCUGCGGAUUCGAAAGGUUUACGAAGCUGAGUAUUCAUUUCCUUGUCUCAUAUCGCUACAAUACCUCCUCAUCUACCGGCCGGUCAUCCCGUGCACCUCAUGCUUCCCAGGACCUUUUUCUGGCGACCCACUAACUCAAGAGCAUCAAAUUGAGAAUAUCAGACUUGUCCGUAACGGCAUAGCGCAGAGGUAGCCCUUGCACCAUGGCAUCGAACGAUCCAGGCUUCGCGCAGGCCGCAGCGCCGGCUGUCGACCCAACAAAAGGCAUGGUCGAAGCGGGCAAAGAGGGUUUGGUCGAAGAGGAAAGGCUAGUUGCGCCGGACCAGUUCGACGAACGCUACGAAACCAGCAAAAUGGAGAUUUGGGCUUACUAUAGCUACUACAUAGGCAACAACGGCCUCACCCUGUUCAACUUCGCGCCGACAGCAGCACAGAACCUUUUGUAUCAGCAGGCGGAAGCUGUCGGAGGGCCGGACAAUGAGUACUUGUUCUUUGCUGGUCAAAAUAGAACGAUCAACAGUAUUAUCUUACUGUGCAACGGAAUCAGCUUCGCAAUCCAGAUUGUCAUCUUCUUGUUGCUAGGCUCGUACGCCGACUUCGGAACAUUUCGUCCAAACAUCCUCAUCGUCCUAUCCAUCAUUGCUUGGGGUAUUGGUUUUGGCUGGUUGGGCGUACAUACAGUGGACAAAUGGCAGACUGGCUUGGGACUGUACAUCGUUGGAUUAAUCGCGUACCAGCUCUGCCUCACCUACUGGACUGCGGCAUUCCCAGGCUUGGCCAGGAACACCAGGAUCAUGCGGGAGAAAGCUCAGCAAUAUGAGGAAGGCCAGAUCUCGAGGGUAGAGUAUGAUUUCACGGACAGCAUGAAGCGCAAUGAGCUCAGCAACGUGGCUUUCUAUACCCAGUCCGUAGGCGAGAUCUUCAUCCUUGCGAUUAUCGUGGGCGUUAUGUUUGGCCUGCACGUCAACGCGAGCACGGCGAACAACAACUGGGGUCUUUCCGUGCUGAUCGCGUUCGCCUCCGGUGUGUGGCUGCUUCUCGCAAUCCCAUGGUUCGUGCUUGAAAAGCGUCGUCCAGGGCAGGAUCCCGGGAUGAACAUUGUCAUUGCUGGCUUUUGGCAGCUUUACCGCGCAGCCACCCAAAUCUGGCAGCUGAAGCAGAGCUUAUUCUACCUGAUCGGCUACUUUCUGCUGGGCGACUCGCUCAAUACGACGGUCACGGUGAUUGCGACUUUGCAGAACGAGAUCGUAGCGUACAAUACGCUGCAGUUGACUUACCUGCUCCUCGUCGGUAUUGCGGCACAGGCAGUUGGCAUUUGGGCCUUUUGGACCAUUCAGAAGCGAUACGGGCUUUCCACGAAGACGAUGUUCAAUGCUGUGGCGGUUGGCAUCAUUCUGCUUGAUGGUUGGGGCAUGAUUGGGAUAUGGACGAACCGCUUUGGUUUCCACAAUACCUGGGAAGUCUGGGUCUACCAGGUCUUCUACGGCCUUGCCGUAUGUCCGUGGUACAGCUACUCGCAGACGAUGAUAUCCGAAGUCACGCCCCGCGGAAAAGAGUUCCUAUUCUUCAGUCUCUUCAGCAUCAUCGGCAAGACAUCCUCGUUCAUCGGACCCUUGGUGUCCAGCGCCAUCAUCGAUAGGAGUGGGAACAACUCCACGCCAUUUUAUUUCCUCUUCGCGCUAAGCGUGGUCAGCUUCGCGUUCUUACUCUUCUUCGUCGACGUUGCGAAGAGCCGUGUCGAGCAAGCGCAGUUUCUCGAGCGGGAGCGGGCGGCAAAGGAUAAGAUGCGAAGCGAAGAGAGCUUGUAGCGCACAGUUCGUGCUUGAAUUCGACGGCAUGCUCCUGCAAACGCGGCACGAUGCCAUCAACUCCCACACAGAGCCCUCCGAAGUUCGCUGUAGUACUGCUACUCGAAAUGGGCGAUUUCGCGAUUCCAGCAGAUCUCGUGUUGCUUACUGCGUUCGUCCGUCCGAGGCUUGACGCGCUGAGGAAUAGCGUAUAACCCGAGCACGGGACAACGAGCCAUCGUCGAUGCAUACGAGAGGAAUCGUGCCUUACGCUCUUGGCGGAUUUGGUGGACUUGGCGGACGCCUCAUGGACGGUGAUGAAGUGAGGUAUGUGUGACCAUAUAAGUGACGUGCGAGUGAUGCUUGCGAGUGAGGUCGAGAUGGUCCGACCUACGCCGAGUCCUCCUUCAGAUGUCUCAUUUGGGG